AUGACCGCGCAGGUGUGUGUGUUGUACUUUGCGAAGAGCGCCGAGCUGAGCGGCUUACGGGAGGAGCUUUUGCCAGUGGACACGCCCAUCAGCAGCCAGGACCUUUGGACUCGGUUACUACAGCAACACCCCGGACUGCACGUGCUGCAGGGUCACGUGGUGUUGGCGGUGCGCCGUCAGUACGUCGCCGUCGACGACCCCCGGCCGCUGACCUUGCGGGACGGAGACGAGGUCGCCGUGGUGCCGCCGCUCAGCGGAGGAUGA